GAAGUGAGCGCGGGGUCGUCUUCGCGGCCCUGGAACGCCAGCCAGGGGAUCGGAGCUUGCGGCUGGGCUCUGUGUGGGGUAGGGGUUUUGCCAGGAGGAGGGAGACCGGGGAGGGGAUGCUGCGUUGAAGUUCGAAUCCGGCGGCCGGGAGAGUCUCGAAUGCGAGGACCAGAGGACAGAUUGAGGGCCCCUUUGAAGCGCUCCAGGAUCCUGCACAUGGCACUGAUGGGGGCUUCCGACCCCUCUGGCGAGGCCGAGGCCAGCGAGAAGAAGCCCUUUCUGCUUCGGGCACUGCAGAUCACACUGGUGGUCUCUCUCUACUGGGUCACCUCCAUCUCCAUGGUGUUUCUUAACAAGUACCUGCUGGACAGUCCCUCCCUGCAGCUGGACACCCCCAUCUUCGUCACCUUCUACCAGUGCCUGGUGACCACACUGCUGUGCAAGGGCGUCAGCACACUGGCCGCCUGUUGCCCUGGUGCCAUGGACUUUCCCUCCCUGCGCCUGGACCUCAGGGUGGCCCGCAGCAUUUUGCCCCUGUCAGUUGUGUUUAUUGGCAUGAUCACCUUCAACAACCUCUGCCUGAAGUACGUGGGUGUGGCCUUCUACAACGUGGGCCGCUCCCUCACCACUGUCUUCAAUGUGCUGCUCUCCUACCUGCUGCUCAAGCAGACCACCUCCUUCUAUGCCUUGCUCACCUGCAGCAGCAUCAUCGGUGGCUUCUGGCUUGGUGUGGACCAGGAGGAGGCCGAAGGCACCCUGUCUUGGACGGGCACCCUCUUUGGCGUACUAGCCAGCCUCUGCGUCUCACUCAACGCCAUCUACACCAAGAAGGUGCUCCCAGCGGUGGACGGCAGCCUCUGGCGCCUGACCUUCUACAACAACGUCAACGCCUGCGUCCUCUUCCUGCCGCUGCUCCUGCUGCUGGGGGAGCUCCAGGCCCUUCGCCACUUUGCCCAGCUGGGCAGUGCUCACUUCUGGGGCAUGAUGACGCUGGGAGGCCUGUUUGGCUUUGCCAUCGGCUUCGUGACAGGACUGCAGAUCAAGUUCACCAGUCCCCUGACCCACAACGUGUCGGGCACGGCCAAGGCCUGUGCUCAGACGGUACUGGCCGUCCUCUACUACGAGGAGACCAAGAGCUUCCUCUGGUGGACGAGCAACAUGAUGGUGUUGGGAGGCUCUUCCGCCUACACCUGGGUCAGGGGCUGGGAGAUGAGGAAGGUUCAGGAGGAGCCCCGCCCCAAAGAGGAUGAGAAGAGCAGCAUGGGCGUGUGAGCUCCUGCAGGGACCCUGGGAUGGCCCAGCCUGGCCCGUGGGCAUCAGGGGAAGAUGCCCGUGAAUGCAGUGAAGGUGUCUCUCUGGACCCAGAGAGGGUGGCCUGGAAGGGUACUGGUGGUUAAAAUGGAACCAGUGUUUUCAAGCACUGUUAGAAAGUUGCCAAUCCUGUCUCUACCCUCUUUCCUAUUUCUGGGUUCUUGUCCUCCCCUGGGGAAUGGCCACUUAGGUUCUCUGGAAGAACGCUAGCUUUCAGGGAGAAAGAGGGGCAGCACCCCUUCCUGCCCCCCUCCCAGGGCCUUCUACCUCCACAUUACCUUUGGGGUGGGGGAUGGGCACCAUCUUUAAGGGACAGUAUGACGAAGCCAUUAAGUCUUCACUUAUACUCAGGGAGGUGGGGCUGUGACUCCACCACAGGCCAAUCGAAGGGAUUUGGGAAACCUCACAUCUCUGGGUCCCAGAACGGGCAACGCAGCUUUGGCCCCACAAACCAGGCUUCCUUUGGAGGGAAGUGGGGGGCAGGGCAGAGGGAGGAAAUGGACAAGUGAACCCUCUUCUCUACACAGAGACCAGCAGGCCCUGUGGAAGGGGGCAAAGGAUCAGUUGUUCCCAUGCCUGGCCCUGGCACCCCCAACGGCCACUGGGAAGUGGCCUGGGAAUGGGGUACAUUGUGGGAAAGUGCCCUUUCCCCACCAUCUGCACCGCAUGUUUCUAGCUCUUGAACAUGGGGGGCCACACACCAUACAGGUUAAGCAGGGUCGUUAACACUCUCCUAAUCCCUGACACUGGUUUUACCUGCCUCCCUCCUGUCUUCGAGCCCCUGGCACAACUGCUUGGCUCAAGUAAUGGCCUCCUGGACGUGGAAUCAGGAGCCACUUCUUCUCACAACUCUGCCUCCUCCAGAACUUCUGGGGUGGGGUGCUGAUGGAGCAGAGUCCCUGUUCAAAGCCUUCUACCUGAGCCUUGCUGGGCCCCCUAGAUCCCAGAGGGACAGAUGUACACUGCUUCUUAGCCUCUUCCCUGCUCAGUGAACAACUGUAUUCUUCCACGAGGUCAGGGCUGAAAGAACCCAAUUGUCCCCUCACCACACCUCCUGGCCUCAGGGUAGUUUUCACCCCUGUCCCUUUUGUUGGGCAUUUCAUUCCACUGAUCUCAUCCUUGAGUUAAUUCCUGAUGUUUUUAGUCCCUACAGGGAAAAGCUAGGGAGAGUGGGUCUUCUCACCACCACCCGCUUCCAGCUCCCCACAAUCCCAGGUGGUUUCCAAUGAAGUAGGUGGGGCCUGAUGCCCUGAAUUGUGUGAUUUAAUUAAAAUCGGAGUCAUAUACCUUGUGUGUGUGGAGUGAGUGCAGGACGGGGCAGGCAGAGCCUGAAUGGGAUUUAUGAUCAAGGCCCUGAGGACAAACAGUGGGUCUGUAAAGGGCAGAAAGACUCGCCCCUGCCCCCCAAGCCCAGGGCAGCCCUCCUAAGAGCCUGUUCUCUCUCACUGAUGCAAAUCCCAGGGCUCCUUCCUGGGAGGUGGUUGAUCAGACCUCAGGUUUCAUAUUAGUAAUAGCUGCUGUUUGCUGGGCACUUUUGGAGGCUAGACGCUGUGCUGAGUGCUCUAUAUCCAUCAUUCAUCUUCCCAACUCCCCCCCCACACACACACACACAAAUGCACUCUGUGAGGUGGGUGCCAUCGCUGAUCACCCAUUUUACAGAUGAAGACACUGAGGUUGAGAGAGACGCACAGCAAGGAAGAGGUAGCAGUAGGAUUCGGACGGAGGUCUCUGCCUUCAGAACAUACUAGCUACUUAACCACAGUGCCCUUAACUACACCCGGCAUUUUAUGAGCACCUCCCAUGUGCCAGGUAAUGAGAUAGGUCGUAUGAACAUAAAGACCCCAACCGGCUUCAAGGGGCUCACAUAUAAACACAUGUCCAAGAGCAUAACAGGUUCAAUAAUGGAAAUAGUAACCUAGUGCCCUGAGGUCUCAGAAGAUGACAUGGAGACCAAGUCUGGGGGAUCAGCCAAGUUUUCCUAAGGGCCAGAAUGUUUGAACUGAGUCUUACUGGCAAUUAGGGGACUCCGGGAGGAAGGGCAGACCAGCUGAGAGAACAAGGCUAAGCCCAGGAAAGAGACAUCUGGAGAGUGGUGAGAGGUUUCGGAGUGGGAGCUAGAACAGGAGGGUGGGCCAUGGUGUG